UUAAUUAUUAAAGAAGCUUCUCUUUAUAAUGGAAGAAUUAAACAGAUGAUCUUCAUGCUCCAUCAGUCAUGCUACACUUCUACGCUAAUCAGGAAUGAGUUGAGCUCAUGUCACAGCAGUUACCUCUGUUUUACUACAAGAUUGGAAAUAUCCUCAUUUUUGAACAUUAGAGCACCGAAUCUAGAUGAUACUGAGUAUUUUCUGGCUUUAGAGCAAUUGGAGUCUAAAACCCGCCUCAUUGUUAAGUUUGGUCUUGAACUAUUACCAUUAGCAAACAUAGCAUACAAAGAUUGAUGAAAGCUCAAGAAAUUUGAGAGGAAGGCAAGAAAUGCUAGAGGAGUUUACCCUAAGUACCUAUGUGAAGCUGUUGGUUUAUUUUGUAAAUGCCCAACCUAGAUAAACUUAAAGGUCAGAUUUAUAAAAAAAUGUAAGCUAAUAAAAUUAUUGGGAAAUUGAUAAAAGUGAUUAAUGUUUUGAAGCCAAACGAGAAACUAAAAUAAAGAAAAUGGUAAUGAGAUAAUUUGAAAAUCUUCAGCAAGUUUACAACCCAUUUCAAAACAUCAUCCAAACAACAGUCUUUCAAAACAAAUCCAAAAAGCUAAUUUCAGUAAAUUCUUUGACUAAACUUCUCCUAAACCUAUUUAUACUUAAAAAGAACAGAAUUCAAA